UCCCCAAGCUAUUGAAUUGAAAGCACCGUAGAUCGUGUUCGUCAUCGGGAACUUGGUGGUUCCAUCAUCCACGAGGAGAGAAGGGGAUUAGGGUUUUUACGUUGUCCUGAUUUGAUCCAAAUCCUUUAGAAUUUUCAUUGCUGAUUUUCCAGAGAUGUGGCACGAGGCAAGGAGAUCCGAGAGGAAGGUCCACGACAUGAUGGACGCUGCUCGGAAGCGAGCUCAAAGACGCGCUGUGUUUCUUGCCAAACGUCGUGGCGAUCCUCAACAAUCCAUCCAGGUCGUUGGUACUCGGUGCCGCGUCUACCGUGAUGAUGGUCUCUAUCAAGCAACUCAGGACCAGCAAGGCCUGAUUCCUUGGAAUGGAAAGCAGGAUGUUAUGAUUGACAGAUUUGAUGGACGUGCUUUGCUUGAUUUCAUACGAGAACCUGGAUCUCGACAUAUUCGAACACAAGAAAAAUCUGAGGAAGAAGAGGAGUUAGAAGAGUUUGUUAAUUUUCAGCGUUAUCGAGAUUUAAUUAAGCAUCGGCGUCGAGGAUUUAAUGAUGAGGAUGGUUUACAACAUGUGAAUCAAGAAAUGGAGGCCAAGGUGUCUGCUCCAUUCGUAUCGGACAGAUCUCAGCAACCACAGCCUCCUACUGCUGCAAGCAAGGGGUCAUACUCACAAGUGGGAUUUUCGUAUGAGGCGGAUGGGAAGGAGGAAUCAAAUUCAGAUGCAGAUGAUAAUGCUAGUGAUGAUGAAGAUGAUGAGGAUGAGGACGAGGAGGUUUUUAACAGUGAUGACAGUAAUGAUGAAGGAAUGGAGGUAAUGGCAAAAGACUUUGGUGUAAAAAGAUAUGGUUGGCUUGUUUACAUGGAUAAAAAGGCUAAGGAGGAAGAAAAGAGGCAAAAGGAAAUAAUCAAAGGCGAUCCUGCAAUAAGGAAGCUAAGUCGCAAGGAAAGAAGGAAAGCAUCUCAAAUGGAACGGGAAAGGGAAAGAGAAUCUGCACGAGUUACUGGUGCCAGAGUCCUUCAUCAUGAUCCUUACAGAGAAUCUAGACGAAGUCCAACUUAUGAUGCUUAUCCACGUUCUAGAAGAUCAAGGUCCAGAUCACAUUCCCCAUCACACUCAAGGCGUCAUUCUCGAGGGCAUUCUGAUGAUGUUCAUCGGAACAAACCAAGGACUCCCAAAAUUGAAUUUAUCACCGAAUUUGGAGGCCCUGGCGAAAGCAAGGAACCAAGGCUAGAAGGACUAUCUCCACCACAAUCUCCUCCAUCUCAGCCUGAUAUGUUAAACCGGCCAUCAUCUGGUCGUAUACUCGAGGCAUUGCAUAUUGACCCAGCGUCUGGCAUGACACUUGAUAAUGAAAAGAGCAGCAGAGCGGUAAAACCACCAGUAAGUACGUCGUCAGCACUUGCAAAGUUAACUAAGGGAAGUUCUUCCGGGGGACCUCUAAAGCUGGGAGAAAAGAAAGAAACUCCCCAAGAACGACUUAAGAGGAUCAUGAGUCAACAACUUAAUAAACAAAUUAAGAAAGAUACAGCUGCGGAAAUGGCUAAAAAGAGAGAGCAGGAGCGUCAGAGACUGGAAAAACUGGCGGAAACCAGCCGAUUAAAUAGCCAUAGGCGUCGGAGCCGCAGCAGAAGCUACAGUCGUUCACCACGAAGAAGAUACAGUCGGAGUAGGAGUAGGAGUAGGAGUAGAGGUUCUCGGAGAUAUUAUUCUCGGUCUCGAUCUCGAUCUCGUUCUCGUUCUCGAAGCCAUUCUCGCUCACAUUCCCGUUCACCAAGCAGGGUAAGGAGCCGUACGAGGUAUUAAAAAUGGAAUGGCGAAUCCUUUUCUGGAAUAUUUGAUUUUCAUCAUACUCUAUUAUCUUAGAGCUGAAGAUAUUUUUGUAAUGUUUCGUACUCGGAUAGAUGUAUUUUAAUGCCAGCUCCGAAUCUAUUCCUUUA